CAGAACCAAGGACGGUGCUAAAUGGUCUCGAUUUUCUCCGAGUUUUUGCAGCACCUCUCACUCUCAGAGACUCCGGCUGUAUGUCUCCACGAAAGCCUUCACUUCCGGGUCGGUUCCUCAUUAUGAAGGCACCGGUUUACUCCGGUCGUUCCUAGGUUUUCUCUGCCGCUGCCUCGACCUUCACGCCGACGCUGCUGAGCUCUUUUUUCGCAGGCUCUCGAGUUCCUUCUGUCCGGUGCCCGGCGCUCUUUCCUGUCGCCCUCUUCACUUUUUCGCCGAUCUCCUUUCUCUCCACAUUUCCGCGACGCAACUCCUCUUCGACAGAGGAGCAACGUGCGAACUCCGUCCGCGCUGUCUUGUCUAGUCGUAUUUAGCGCAUGCAGCCGUGCUUUUGUGCUGACUACGCGCCUCGUUGACCGAAGCUGCCAGUUUUUUCUCGCUGUGUUUCCACCACCGAGUCCACGCAGGUCUGUCGCACUUCCCGGAACGUUUUUUCUCCGCGUUCCGGGAGAUGCCGUGGCGUUGUGAGGAGCGAAAGACGCAGAAACGGCGCUCGUUUGUCUUUUCAUUUGAGGAAGGCAGGUUCACAGGGAAAAUGUUCGACUCUCUCGAUUGCGUUCACUGUUUCCGCCGCCGUCGUAUUUUCAAGUCAGAACUGAAGGCCGCUCGUGACCUCUGAAAGAGGCCUCCCUCCUCUCCUUCCUCUUCUUUCUGUGCUUCUCUCGGUUGUCUUCUUCUCCUCUCUGUCUGCACCUCGCGAAAAAAAAACUUCUGGAGUUCCCGUUGUCUCUCUCACCGCAGUGGCUUUCCACUUUUUCUCUCUCCAUGUUUCCUGCUGCCUGUCUCCCUUCCUUGCCUCUCUCUCGUCCUCUCUCGCAGUGCCUUCUGUCCACUUUCGAACUUGCUCUCCGUGUGCUUCUCUGGAUAUUGUAGAAGCAGUUUCUGCGUUUUUCUUGAUUUCUAAGACGCGAGAUACACCGGACGCAGCGGUGUCAACAAGGCGCUCACGUCGCCAAGAGAAGUCUCCUCUCUGCAGCUCUCUGCUCUCUGUCGACUCCUUCGAUUUCCAAAAGAUGGCAGCUGCGUCCCCAUCUGCUCCUCCUCCCCCGCCGCCAACACACCAUGUCGUUGUUCCUCGGCCCCCUGCGGGUCCGCAGUUCUUCGUUGACCAGAAGCGAGGCGAGCUGUAUGAGUUGCGGCAAGUCUUGCGGAGCUUGCCGACCGAGAGGGAUGUGACGAAGCAGCGCGACGCUCUGAAAAAGUUGAUUGCCUACAUGACGGUCGGUCUCGACGUCAGUCGUCUCUUCGCAGAUGUUGUCAUGCUCGCCUCCACAGCCGACCUCGUUCAGAAGAAAAUGAUUUACCAGUACCUCACAAACUACGCGGAUACGAAUCCUUCUCUCUCACUCUUGGCCAUCAAUACAUUCCAGAAGGACUGCAACGAUGAGGACCCGCGACUUCGAGGCUUGGCACUUCGCAGUCUCUGCUCUCUGAGGCUGAGCUGCAUGCUCGAGUACAUCGAACCUGCCGCGCGCAAAGGCGCUUCAGAUCCAAGUCCUUACGUCCGUCGAGCUGCAGUCAUGGGCAUGUUGAAAGUCUGCAAGUUGCUCCAGGAGUUGAUGGCGACGGACGAGGAAUCGUCGCUGCAACGCAUCGACGAAAUUCGUCAGCGUCUCCACGAGGCGCUCUUUGACGACGACCCGCAAGUGACAAUCAACGCGAUCUGCGCGCUGAACGAAUUAGAGGCCGAGACCGGCGGUCUGCAGGUGACGAAGAAGAUUGCGACUCACUUCCUGAACAGAAUCAAGCGCUUCUCCGAGUGGGGGGUCUGCGUCAUUUUGAAUUUGGUUGCCUCCUACCAGCCGGAGACCGAGGAAGAAGCUUUCGACGUGAUGAACAUUUUGGACGACAAAUUGAAGAGCUCCUCGGCAGCCGUCGUGCUCGGGUGUGCCAACUGUUUCCUCGAACUCACUCGGGGGAACGCCGAACUGAGGAAGCAAGUUUACUGCCGCCUGAAGCCUCCGCUCUUGACUCUCGCGACGACAGGGUACCCUGAGAUCGCCCACACGAUUCUCCGUCACAUUCUCCUCAUCGUUCAAACAGGGGGCGAGGACGCCGUCGAGAUCUUUGCAGGCGAAAGCCGCCAGCUCUUUUGCCGAUACACCGAUCCGUCCUAUUUAAAAGCUACGAAGCUGCAAACGCUCGCUGCUAUUGCCACCGAAAACAACUGCGUGGACAUGAUCGCAGAGAUACGCGAGUACGUUUGCGAUGCAGACGCAGACAUCGCCCGGCAGAGCCUUGCUGCUCUUGGGGUAAUUGCUUGCAGAAUCCCCUCUGCAGCAGACGACGUUGUCACUUUGCUUCUGUCUUUCGUGGAGAUGGAACUCGCAGACUUCCUCGCCUCCGCCGCCUUCGUCAUUCUUCGCGAUAUUCUCCGAAAAUACACGAAAAUGAUUUCUCGUCUUGUCGAAGCUAUCCGAAUCUAUGCGUUGCGGCUGUCGGACGGCGAGGGCGUCGCCGCAGUCGUUUGGAUGCUCGGAGAAUUUUCGAAAAACAUUGACGACGCUCCUUACAUUUUGGAAGAGAUUGUCGAUCGCUUUGACGAGGAACCACCAGUCGUCAGAAUGGAACUUCUCACGGCUGCGACGAAGACCUUCUUCAACUAUCCCGGGGAAAUGCAGCCGAUCCUGGGCAAACUCCUGGAGAAGGCAGUCAAUGAUACGUCGAAUCCGGACAUCCACGACAAGGCCCUAUUCUACUACCGUUUUCUGAAAACAAGUUUGCAGGACGCUCGACGCAUUCUUUCAACGCCCUUGCCACCGGCUGAAGAACUCGAGUCCUCCGCAGAUCGAGAGCUCUCUGAGCGUCUCCUGGAAGAGUUCAACUCUCUCGCCGUUGUCUACCGACUUCCGAGCUCCGCGUUCCUCUGCGUCUCGCCGAUUCCGUUUCGAGGAAAACUGGCUCUCCCCGCCAACGCGUCUGCUGCGAAACGCGGCGCUCUCGCCCCCGCUCUCUUUCUGGACGGUCGCGAAGGCAGAGGCACUGAGAGAGAACAAGAGAGAGAUCAACAGAGAGAGCGAGCGAGAGAGCGAGCGAGAGAGAGGGGAGAGAACGACUUAGACGCGCUCGAAGUGAGGCAUGAAUCGUUCAGAGAGAGUGACGAGAGGAGACAUCUCAGCGAAGAAUCGCAGGGAGAACAGAGAGGCAGGUCGAAUCAACUGGGAGACCUGCUGCUUGCGCUGGAGGCAGAUACCGCAGCUGAUCUUUUGGACAGACAGCGAGAAGACUCUCGUGACAACGGCGCUCGAGUUUCUUCCGGCGCCAGCCGCGAAGCCCCCGCGUCCGACCGUCUGCGUCUCGCCUCCUCGGUGACCCUCGACUCCGCAACGUUCCAGCGUCUCUGGGAGGAGGCGGAAGACGCGCAGACGCUGAACGAAGUACAUGCUGUUCCCCAGUUUUCUCCUUUCCUCUCCGCGGCCGACGACGUUCAGGCUCUCGGCGACGCCUUUGAAGUCGCUGCGGCGCAAAGCAGGAUCUUCACCAUGGCUUCCGGUGUUCUCGGGGACGUAUUAAAGAUGUUUUUUUACGGCGAAGACGAAGACGAGACCUUGUAUUUGUGUGAACUGCAGCUGACGCUCGCGCCUCCUGAGGCACCCGAGUUGAGUCUGGCGGUAAAGGCGGCGGCACCGAAGUCGGACUUCUCUGCGACUGGGAAACCCUCUGAAAUCAAGUCUUCGAGGCAGAGAGAAUUCGCUGCCGUUCUUCGCAGAGCUCUCGACAGACAUGCAGAAUUCCGGACGAGCCACAAUUUGGUGUGAAGAGAAAACGGAGGCAAAGCGAAGAAAAUGACAAAAGGCGACAGAGAAGGCGCAGCAGAAAGGAGAGCGGAGACGGAGAAGAAGAACAGAAUCAGAGGGAGGGAGGGGGUUGAACAAGCACACAAACGCGUGGUAGAGAGAGGGAAAAGAAAAGGAAACUGAAAGAGAGAGAAGAAGGACUAGAUACUGGAGAGGGAGGGAAAAAGAUUCGAGCGAAGAUGAAAUAGGAAGACAGGAGAGAAGAGUGGAUGUAUCCUUGUUGUUUCAAUAUUUACGAAUUGUUGUUUUAGCGUCUGCUUUCCGACCUCUCUCUGGAGUGCCUGUGUCCACUCUUCUAAAUCGUUCGUCUCUCUCUGCUUUUCUUUUCAUUUUUCGAGUCCUGCUGCUCUCAAGAGGUUUUCAACAAUCACGCAACUCUGCGCUCGCUUCUUAGACAUCCCUUUUUUCAACUCUGUGUGUUUUUGGAAGAAACUCUCAGCAACUUUUUGAAGAAGAGCUUUUCUACCACAUCCACGUAAAAGCAAUUCUGUCUACAGGGAGAUCAACGAUGUGGAGGCGAAAAGUCAUGUGUCUUCGUCUCGACAGGUUGCUUCUUUCGUGAAGAGCGAGACCGCUGAGCGGCGGCGUACAAGCGUUUGCGAGAAGACAAAAAAGCAACUCGAGAUACGUCCGCAAGGACUGGUCUGCGGUGGGCGUCGCUCUUGAAAAAAAGGCUGGGAGCGCCGAGAAAGGGGAAAGUAUUUUGACUUUUCUGACGGAAAAAGGAAAUUGAAGACUGCAGGUUUCAGUCGACGACGUCCACACACACGCGGCGAGGGAUGUCGGAGACCCUCUGCUUCGCAGCGGGGACUCUAGUCCUUUGUCUUUUUUCUACUCGUAGGGAGAAUGAAGGGAAAGAAGGCGAGAGCCGAGGAUAGGAACAGACAAGGAAGAAGAGAGAGAGGGGGAGAACAUCAUGACGACGAAGAAAGAAGCGAGAAGACGAGAGAGAAGUGAUGCUGAGAAAGACCUGGGGAGGAGACUCGAGAAGCUGGAAGAGAAGGGGAGAAGAAUCAAGAGGCGGCAAUUCGAGAGAGACGCAUGACGAGCAAAGAUGAGAAGAAAGAGGAGAGAAGAGUCGAGAAAAAUACAGUGGAGGCGAGCACAGGCAGGAGAAAGGAGAAAGAAGCAUGCGGAGACACUAGUCAAGAAGAAAGGGAGAGUCGAAUCUGUGUCGAGGUG